AAUGUGUUUUAAUAAAAAAAAGGGCAAUAAAGUGAAUAAUGUCAAAACAAAACAUAAUUACAAUCACAAAGAAUCAUCUACUGAGAAUAACUUAUCAACAACAUCUGCACCAUCUCACCAAUAACAUGGGUCAAGCUCACUGUGAUGCUCAGUUGAAUAAUGUUUUGAUUUUUUCAGCUGCUUACAUGAGGAUUAUUGGCCAAAUAUUUAUAUAUAUAUGUUAGUUUAUACACACACACACACACACACACAGCGUUGAGCCUGGCACAACAGUAAACAAUGAGACAAAGCUGUCUGUGUUCUCUGGAGGCUGAACAGAACCCCUGCACUGCUGUCCUCGCUCUGACUCUAUGACUUAAAGACCAACUAGGAUUCUCUAGACGCUUCACAACUAGACUUUUCCAAAACAAUCCAGGACACUGUACAGGAAAAUGGAUCGACAGCAUCUGACCUCCAGCUCUCAGCAACAUCUCAACUUAAGGAAAAGGGUAAAAACAUUUUAUUGAUAAUACAGUAAUCUCUUGUGGUUAAUGUUGCAACACUAUCUCCCUACGUACCUAUGUCUCAUUUUCAUUGUAAAUUAAUAUCUGCCAUUAUGUAAUCAUAAUUUCCAAACUAACAUCAUAUUUACAAAAAACAUGUCGCAGAAUAUGUUUUCCAUGUGCUUUGUGACAGACAACCAAUUUUACUUUAGAAAUGACUUUUCUGGUGACUCAACUGGCUGCACUAUUUUAUUGAGAAUCUGCCUCAGACUGGUUUCAGCAGCUGCGGCAACUCAGAGCUCAGCCAUUACUAUAACUCUGACUACAUGCUAAACUGAACAAUCUAGCACACAGGAUACACAGAAAUUUGCAUAAAUGUUAAAUUACAAGCUGUUUCCACUCCAUCCAGUAUUUAUUGAAUAUGAUCCAAGACAGAUCUGCAGGGAAUUCUGGGAGGUUUUCGGUUGUGCAAAAUCCAUCUACAGUGUGAUUUUUAAUUAUCAUCUUUCCAUUAACAGUGAGGAUCAUCAUUAUACCCUAAAUAGAAAUUAAUUAUAAAAAAUGUAUUAUUAAAAUAUAUAGUUCAAGGAUUUUACCUCUGUCUUCAUAAACAUACAGGCAUAUUUGGGAAGCUUACAAUGUUUUAACAAUUACAUCAGGAUAUUCAGACACAUGUCUUUGUAUUUGCCUAUAACUGAACUGGAUAUUAUAAAUAUUUUAAAUUGUUGUAUUAUGUAUUAUAUUUAGGAAAUAAUGUGCUUGGUUUAAUAAUUUUGAACUUAUUAAAUAUAUAAAAUUAAGUUUCCCCAUAAAUACUAUGCGUUGGGCUCACCUUGAUUGAAAAAAUCUGCAGAAAGAUUUCCAAAUGUAUCAAUAAAUAUAAACAGGAAGUACCAAUCAAUCGUUGGUCGUACAUAUAUGUAUUACUUCCUUGUAAUUUCACGAUAAAAAGUAAAUGUAUAAAUUCCUUACAACGUAAAGUCGUAUACCAUCAGAAACAAAGUAAACAAAUCAACGAAAUAUACAAUAAUAAACACAAAGUAAACGCAAAAGAAACAGCGCCAUCACUUCUCGUCCACUCAAAGGCUAUUUCUGGUACUGCACCUGCGUCUUUGUCUCCAUCCAAACAAACGGAUACCAAUUGCGCGUGCGCAAUGAGAUGAAUGACCGCUGCACCUGACGGUCCAGCAGGAAGUGGCGGACAGGAAGUGAGACGGGAGCAGAGAGGAAGUGAGACAGGGGCGGACAAAUCCUCUGGCGUUAAUCCCAGUCGAUACCUCAGUGUCAUGUUUUGAUUGAGACCGAUAGAACCGUGUGUGCUCCUGGCCGCUCCUGCGGGACGCGCCGCACUCCUCCUCCUAGUCCUUCUCCUCCCUCUACUUCUACUCCUCUUCUGCCUGUCAAGCUGCUGCUGCUGCGUGAAGCUGCGUGAAAGCUCCGGGCUCUUCCUCCCUCACUGCAAUGGGAUGCUGCGGUAGCUCGGAGAGGACUAAGAGAGAGUGGAGACCUCUAGAGGAACGCAGCUGCACUGAUCUGCCCUGGUUCCUGCUUUUCACACUCUUCUGUGUCGGCAUGGGCAGCAUCUGUGGCUUCACCAUCGUCACAGGCGGAGCCGCCCGCCUCAUCUUUGGCUAUGAUAGCUAUGGAAACACCUGUGGUCAACGCAACGAACAGAUGGAAGGCAUCAGACUGAGCGGCCUCGACCAUACAGACAGGAAAUUUGUCUUCUUCCUGGAUCCUUGUAACAUCGACAUCGUCCAGAGGAAGAUCAGAUCCAUCGCUCUGUGUGUGGCUCUGUGUCCGAGUCAGGAGCUCAAGACGUACCAUGAUGUUCAGAGCUUUGCCAUGGUUAACGGGUCAGAGCUGUGCUCUUACGAGUUGGCACCUCAUAAAUAUCCCGGCCUACCCGAAAGGUUCUCAAAGUGUCCCAAACUUCCUGUUCCACCCAGUAAACCACUGCCCAUUUUUAACCGAUGCACACCGCUGGAUGUUUCCUGCUACACCAAGUUUGCGGAGGCUGUGCUUACGUUUGUGGGCGACGACAGUUUUCCGCAUAGAAUGAUUGCCGGUGUCGCUGCCAGUAAGGAGGUCAUCAUAGGACUGUGUGUACUGGCUCUGGUCCUGUCCUUGAUCCUCAUGCUUGUGAUCCGGUUCAUCUCGGCUGUCCUGGUCUGGAUUCUCACCUUCCUGCUUGUUCUUGGAUCGCUGGCUGGAACCAGCAUCCUUUGGUGGCUAUACAUUGACCACCGUCUAAAUGGAAACAGCACGACAAUAAAACAGAUGAAUGAGGAAGAGGUGGAGUCAAACAAAGAGAGUAGUCAGACACUACUUGUCUAUGCGGCGGCUGCAACCAUAUUCACAAUCAUUCUACUGCUGCUGAUGCUUUUCAUGAGGAAGCGCGUGGCGUUGACCAUCACUUUGUUCCAUGUGGCAGGAAAAGUCUUUGUCCACUUGCCACUGCUUGUACUGCAGCCCUUCCUCACCUUCUUGGUUCUCCUGAUCUUCUGGAUCUACUGGAUCCUGGUGCUGUUGUUCCUGGGAACCACUGGUGAACCAGUUCAGAAUCCAGACACGGGUAUAACAGAGUUCAGACUGAUUGGACCCCUUCAGUACCUGACCUGGUUCCAUGCUGUAGGUCUGAUUUGGAUCACAGAGUUCAUCCUGGCUUGUCAGCACAUGACUGUGGCUGGAGCUGUGGUUACAUACUACUUCACCAGGGACAAGAAUCGCCUCCCUGUUACUCCGAUCUUCUCCUCCAUCCUGAGACUAAUGCGAUAUCACUUGGGCACUGUGGCUAAAGGAUCCUUCAUCAUCACAGUGGUGAAGAUUCCCAGACUUAUCCUGAUGCAUAUCCACAAUCAGCUCAGAGGAAAGGAAAAUGCCUGUGCCCGCUGUUUGCUAAAGGCAUGUAUUUGCUGUUUGUGGUGUUUGGAGAAGUGCCUCAACUACCUUAACCAGAAUGCAUAUGCAGCCACCGCCAUCAACAGUACCGGUUUCUGCUCUUCAGCUCGCGAUGCCUUUGUAAUCCUGGUGGAAAAUGCAUUACGCGUCGCUACAAUCAACGCUAUUGGAGAUUUUGUACUCUUCCUGGGGAAGAUCCUGAUUGUGACGUCCACGGCGUUUGCAGGCGUUCUCCUCCUCAACUACCAGCGUGACUAUGCUGAGUGGCUGCUGCCACUUGUCAUUGUGUGUCUUUUCUCCUUCCUGGUCGCUCACUGCUUUCUCUCCGUCUUUGAGAUCGUGGUGGAUGUGCUUUUCCUCUGCUUCGCUAUCGAUACAAAGUAUAACGAUGGCUCACCAGAAAAAGAGUUCUUCAUGGAUAAAGCUCUAAUGGAGUUUGUACAGAGCAGUAGGAGGUUAGAGCGAGCAGUGGAGCGUGGGAGGAGCCGGGUGAAGGAGACAGGCUCUGAAGUGGCCGAGAUGAAGUCCAUGGUGAGUGAUGGUGGCAGAGAAGAGGGCGUGGCCAGGCAGGAGAGCCCAGCAGAAGAGGCAGGUGGAGGGGAGUGGGAGGAGCUCCAGGAGUUCCAGGUGUACUACCUGCUGGUGGCAGUGCUGGUGGACUGGGCACUUACUGAACAUAGCCACUUGGUCCUCUGUCUCAGCGAGGACAUCUUUCUCUUUCUCUGCGUCUACCUGCCAACAUCCACAUUCUUCCUGUUCGUCAGUCUCCUGCACACGCCAGGCCCCGCCCCUUCUUCCAGUGUCACCAAACCGACCGCUGCCGCCGUCAUGACAAAAUCCUAACAGACGCUUGCUAAUAGAUGCUUGCCCAUAGACAUUUGCUGAAAGACGCAUGUUAACACUUGCUUCGCAUGAAUGGAUGAAAACUGACAGUGAUGCAUGCCCACCCAUCAUCUUCAUCUUCAUCAUAAGGACAUGUUUGUAGUGUCAAAUGUUUAUUUUUUUACCCUCAUAUUUAUGUAUUUCUGGUUUAUUUUUGUUGAUCUCACUGUGCCUUGCUGAUGUGCUUUUAGUAGCCUCAGCAGUUGUAGUUCACUUUGGUGUCCACCAGAGGUCAGUCUGACAAUUAAUUAGUCACUUGUUUGCUGAUUAGUAGAAAAAGAUGUUCAACAGUCUGCCGUCUUCCUUCUUGCAUUUGUUUGAAAGAAAAUGAGGUUAAAACAGUUCCUCCGGAGUCAACAUCAUUGUGUUUCUAGACAAAACGUCACCUGGUGGCGCCAUUGUGACCUCUGUCCUAAUCCACGCCCACUCUGAUCAUCCAUCCUUUGUGUGAGAACACAGUACACUGUGGAUGAUUUCACUGAGACAACACAUCUUGUGUGUUUCAGGCUCCAGGGACAAGUUCCGCUUGACCAAUGGGAGGCGUUGUGACUUUAAACCAGAGACAUUCCAAAAGUUUAUUUUUACCAACGUGUGACAUGUUUACUUGUUUACAGGGAAAUGAUAUUUUAAUAACAAACUGAAAAACAUAACAAUGUAACGAAGCACUUUAUAUCGACGCGCUGCCUGACGCUCUCUUCUCCUUUUUUUACAAAAGUCACUGAAAACAUCACACACACUUCACUUCAACUGUGUUAUGAAGCGACCUUGAGUGACAUCAUCAGCAGGGUGGAGUAUGUGUUUUGACACGAUCCUGCACUUAAAAACACUGAUGGAUUAAUUGUUGCUUCCAAGGGUCUUUCUACCACAAGGUGGCAGUAAAGUAACUGGAUUAGUCAAAUGAUGACUUGGGAGUCAGCCAAUGUGACAUCACCUGGAUAAAAUUUUCCUGUUAUUAACAUUUUCACAAGGAUAUAUAAAAGAAGAAGACGGUGGGGUGAGGACAAAGCCUUCUUCCAAGUAUUGAGUUGGCAAUAAAACAAAGUGCAUCAUGUGACCACAACAUCACCCAGAAGUCUUCCUCCUAAACGACAUGAGCGUCCACAAUGAACACUCCAUGUUCUGAGCUGUUGCAGCUGAGAACGUUUGUUCAGAUAUGAAGGUGUCGUUGAGUGUUUUGCGAUGAAACCACGCAUCCAGAGAAAACACCGUUUUUUCAUCAUGGAAUUUUACCAUCUUUGAAGCUCAGUGUCAGAAGUGAUUGCAUUGUCAGAUUUGCAAGACUAACUGACCACAUUCCAGGUGUUUUUUUUUUUUUUUUAUCAACAACACAAUUAGCCCAACCUGCUACUCAGUUGUAGCAGGGGCUGUAAAAAAUCACAAAUAUGGUGUGUUCAUGCCCAACCACCCCAAAAAAAGUCAUACUAAAUUAACUCCUUUCUUUAAUGUAAAAAUGAAACAAUGUUCUCCUGCCAUGAAUACUAAGCAAACUAUGUUGCAGUCCACUAAAACAAUAACUCUAAUUCGUUGCCAAUCUUUAAGGUUCACCUGCUUCCUACUUUAGUUUCAGUUAAGUUGUAGUAUUUUAAUUGGAAAACAACUCGGUGUUCGGUUUGAACGCAUCAUUAAAACCUUUGGAUUACAUCUGUAACACCUGAUGUUUGAUGGUUUACAUCCUGAUGUCACUGCGUCUGCACUCACCUUGAUCUUCUGUCCCUGAUGUGCGAAACUGAUAAGUUCCCAGGAAACACCUUUGAGGACGUGGUCAAACCUCAUGUCCUUGAUGAUGCCAGAGGUCACAGGACUGACACUCUGCAAAUACACAGACAGAAAUACAUUAAUGCAUGCUCAAAUGCCCUGAAAAAUAUAGAUAAUAUACCAGUGAAAAAGCAGUUAUUCUUUAUUUUAAUCAUCAGAUUUAUCCAAUCAGAAUCAAUCAGCUGUGAAAGCAGAACCACUGACAGUCAUGUAAAGCUAAGACUACCUUGCUGCGACCAAUUUUUGAGUUUAUAGUUCUGCACUUUCUGUCCCUUACACCUUAGACAGCUCAGUGUCUAGACGGGGCUAAAGGAAAUGAUGUCAGCCCCCUUACCACCACAAGUUAAAAAGACCAAGUUUACUUAAUGUGGUACACAGAUUCCCUCACCAACACCUCCUGCCUUUUCUGAUUUAAUCAUCAACAUAACUAACCUUAUUGUAGCAAAUGUGGACCCGUCCUGUGUUAAACUUACCCUUUUGAAAUGCUGACAAAAAAAAUGUUGCACUGAUAAGUGUGAGUAUAUCUUUGGAUUAUGGCUACCAUUUUCUGUUUAAAAACUAUAUACUUCUCUGUGGGGGGGUUUAAUGACGUGAGAUAUUUUUGGGUACUGUUGAAAUGGUUCAAGACUUUGCAGUCCACAGUGACUGGUUGUCACAUAAUUGAACAAAUUCUGACAAAGAUUUGGCCUACAACACAUUCAACAACAACAUAUGAUUAGUUACUACAUAAGACAUGGAGUUAAGAAGCUAACAUUACCUUGCUUCAAACUCAAAUUAUAACUAAUGCUAUUAUUCACCUAACACUUUCAAAGACCCAACACUUUUAUUAGGCUAAUGCUAUCAGGCUAUUAACAAUGGUUUUGUAGCAUUCUGUACAGUCGUGCGGCCCAGUGUUUUAUGUUUAUAGGUAAACAAAUCAAUAAUUCUUUAAACCAUGAUACCUCACAUACAAUUCAUUGAACAGUUAAAAAAUUAGCUAGCUGAUGUUAGCUGUGCCAGUGGGAAGCUGUUUUAUGUCUUUGGUGAUGUAAGUUUGUAAAAAAUUGAUUUACAUAAAUUGAAAUGUUGGGGAGGGAUUCAGACAUGGAAAAUAGAGUGACGCCUCCCUCUAUAAACAUACAAGUAAAACAUUGAACAUUUAUAACUAUCAAAGUUUUUUUUAACAAACCUCCAUUUACAUAAAGACACUAAUAUAGACGUGUAUUUGGCUUCUCAGUCCCCCCCCCCCCCCGAAAAAUAUCAAUUCAUUAUUAUGUAAUGCUGCACAGUGACAGAUGUCAUUAAGACAAAAAGUUGAAAUGUCACCUUGUCAGGUAUAACUUUACAUUUAAACAGUCACAAACUUAAAGUUUUCCUGUCGUUCAUUAACACAUUACAUCGAUGAAACCGUGAACAUGUAACAAUAGAAUUAGUUGGAAAACUAAUAUAAUAAGUGUAGUGCACUGGCAUUAGCACAUAUGGUUAGAAUGUGAGCUCAAUCCUAGAACCAGUUUCUGAUGUUCAUUUACCUGCCUGACUAUGAAUAUUGAUGAGUGAUGUAAUCAGUUUGAAUAUUGAUCUGUUGAAGCAGCAUUACUUCCACAUAAACUCACAUUUCUGGUUUGCCAUGACAGCACAUAUGGGUGUGAAGAUGUUAAUCUUUGUUAACUGGCAGGUACUGAGAACAGCCAAGUCAAAUGACAGAACCUGGGUGAGCUCGUAGCAGGUUUACCCAAAUUAAUGAACAGGGUGAAAAAUAACUGGAGUCAACAUAUAAAACUUCAUUGGCAAAAUAGGUUUGUUGCAGAAAACAAAUUAAUCCCAGUUGAAUGAUAGAAUGUAGUAACAAAAGUUAACAAGAGUUGUGACACCUCAUCAUGUGGCUGAGACAUUACCAACUUUUGUGCAGUAUAACAAUUGUAACAUUAAAGAUUUUUUCUGUGUUGA